CGCUUAACAAUCGUCUAAAUAGCAGAAUAAACAUAAACGGUGGAAUGAAUACGAAUGUUAACACUGUUUGACGGCGUUUACUUCCUUUUUAAACAACUGUUGUGUUUCGUGUCUGUACUUUUAUUGAAACCAGCUGUUUUUCGUCCGGAUAAUGAUGCUGAAUUUGCACGUAUCCGUUAAGUUUACACGGGUUCCUGCUGCUGACAUAAGCGGGUCCCGCUGAAGCAGGCGGCGGGGCAAAUCUGAAGUCACAAGACUUCCUGGAGCUAAGCGGUUGUUAUCUCCUGUAAAGGGUCCAGAACCAUGGAGAACCCCGGAUACCGAACCGGGAGCUAUGAUACCCUUCAUCACUCCAGUGAUGAUGAUGACGACGAGAUGGUGGACAUCGCAGGUGCCACGCUGGACUUCUCCACAACGGACGACAUACCUUCUCUCAGCUCAGGGUUUGAGGGCCAUAGCAGCAGAAGAGCUAGUACCAAUGGAAUUGGCCCAACACAUUUAGUGGAUCCACUGGAGGAGCCGGUGCCCGGACUGGGAACAUAUGAAGACUUCAACACUAUAGACUGGGUCAGAGAGAAGAGCAAGGACCGGGACAGGCACAGAGAGAUCACCAAUAAGAGCAGAGAGUCGACUGUAGCGCUGCUGCACAGAAUUAGUGAUGCCUUCUCUGGAUGGCUGCUUAUGCUGCUUGUUGGACUCAUGGCAGGAGCCUUAGCGGGCGGGAUUGACAUUGCAGCCCAUUGGAUGACUGACUUGAAAGGCGGGGUGUGUCUCGUUGGCUUCUGGUUCAACCAUGAGCACUGCUGCUGGACGUAUAACGAAACAUUCCAGGAGAGGGACCGCUGUCCACAGUGGAAGAGCUGGGCUGAACUCAUCACAGGAACUUCAGAGGGUGCAUUCCCGUACAUAAUGGACUACCUGAUGUACAUAUUCUGGGCGUUGCUCUUCUCUUUCUUGGCGGUGACGCUGGUCCGGGCUUUUGCACCAUAUGCAUGCGGCUCAGGAAUACCAGAGAUUAAAACCAUCCUCAGUGGUUUCAUCAUUCGUGGUUACCUGGGAAAGUGGACCCUGAUCAUCAAGACCAUCACCCUGGUUCUGGCCGUCUCUUCUGGGCUUAGUUUAGGGAAGGAGGGCCCUCUGGUCCAUGUGGCCUGUUGCUGUGCAAACAUCCUCUGUCAUCUAUUCACCAAGUACCGCAAGAAUGAGGCCAAACGGCGAGAGGUUUUAUCAGCUGCAGCUGCAGUGGGAGUUUCGGUGGCGUUUGGUGCUCCUAUAGGAGGAGUCCUGUUUAGUUUGGAGGAGGUGAGUUAUUACUUCCCCCUGAAGACGCUCUGGCGUUCCUUCUUUGCGGCACUGGUGGCAGCUUUCACUCUGCGCUCCAUCAACCCUUUUGGGAACAGCCGCUUGGUCCUGUUCUACGUGGAGUUUCACGCUCCCUGGCAUCUGGUGGAGUUGGCCCCUUUCAUCCUGCUGGGUAUAUUUGGGGGCCUCUGGGGGGCACUGUUUAUCAAGGCCAACAUUGCCUGGUGCAGAAUACGGAAAACCACUCGCCUCGGCCACUAUCCCAUCAUGGAGGUGCUGGUCGUUGCUGCCUUAACCGCUCUGGUUUCCUACCCAAACAGUUACACGAGGAUGAGUGGUUCCGAGCUCAUUUCCGAGCUGUUCAAUGACUGCUCUCUGCUGGACUCCUCUCAGCUGUGUGGCUAUGAGCAGCCAGCAAACAUGUCAGAAACCGGAGCAGGAAACAGCCUUGCUGACCGGCCAGCAGGCCCAGAGCUCUACACGGCUCUGUGGCAGCUGGCUCUGGCGCUCAUCUUCAAGAUGAUGAUCACCGUCAUCACUUUCGGCAUGAAGGUUCCUUCAGGUCUCUUCAUCCCCAGCAUGGCAGUGGGAGCCAUAGCAGGCAGGCUGCUGGGCGUGGGCAUGGAGCAGCUGGCCUACUACAACCACGACUCCAUCCUCUUCAGGGGGUGGUGCUCUGCAGGGGCAGACUGCAUCACUCCCGGGCUUUACGCUAUGGUUGGAGCUGCUGCAUGUUUAGGUGGAGUUACUCGCAUGACAGUGUCACUGGUCGUCAUCAUGUUCGAGCUGACUGGCGGCCUGGAGUACAUCGUCCCUCUGAUGGCUGCAACCAUGACCAGCAAAUGGGUGGCCGACGCCUUUGGGAGAGAAGGAAUUUAUGAGGCUCACAUCAGGCUUAAUGGCUACCCAUUUCUGGAGGCAAAGGAAGAGAUUGACCACAACAGCCUGGCUGUGGAUGUGAUGACACCCAGGAGAGGAGACCCUGCGCUCACAGUGCUCACACAGGAGGGCAUGACUGUGGGUGAGGUGGAGAGCUUGAUUGAGAGCACUCGCUUCAGUGGCUUCCCCGUGGUCCUCUCUCAGGAGUCCCAAAGGCUUGUGGGAUUUGUCCUCCGAAGGGACUUGCUCAUAUCCAUUGACAACGCCCGGAAGCGUCAGGACGGAAUCGUCAGUGCCUCCCAGGUGGUAUUUACCGAGCACCUCCCACCGCUGUCUCCUGAGGCUCCGCCUCCACUGCCCCUCAGAGGCAUCAUGGACCUCAGCCCCUUCACGGUUACAGACCACACCCCUAUUGACAUCACUGUGGAUAUCUUCAGGAAAUUGGGGCUACGCCAGUGUCUAGUUACACAUAAUGGGAAACUGCUGGGCAUCAUCACGAAAAAGGACGUGCUCAAACACAUGGCACAGAUUGCCAACAGAGACCCUGACUCCAUCCUCUUCAACUGAGCUUCAUCGUCAGAAGAAGAAACGAGCUUUACCUCAUCAAACCUGUGAAGGCACAGACACUUGAUCUUCAUUUGCACAACUGAACUAUGGACAAAGAAAUUUGUCAGUAAUUUGGAGACAUUUUUGGCUCCAUAAUGUACCACUCCAAAAACAAAACAAUGCAUUAACAGAGACUUGUUCAGAUUAUUAAAGGAAAAGAGUUUAAAUGAAGAUUAUUUCACAUUUUAUUUUUGGCAUUCUUGUUUCCUCUUUUUUCUUUUUUCAAAAGCUAUUUGAAUAGAUGUUGCCAUCAGCUGUCCUCUUUUUCCUGUGAUUUUAACCUUCAUUUUGCUUCUCCUGAACACUUGAUACUAACAUGAAGGAAGAGAAGUUGAUGUCCCAUGAUGCAUUGCAAGAACUUCAAAGGGAAGGAAGAGAAAAUACUGGGAGAUUUAGAUAGUGGGGGGCAUCCCCCUCCAGCUCAGACAGAGCCCCCGAAGCAGGCCAAGUGGCUCUGACGCAAAGGAUCCUGGGUAAAGUGGUAUGCACGAGUGUGCCGGGAGCAGUGCAGUCUGGGAACUCCCCAUUCCUGCCUUUUCUUAGAGACGCUUGAGAUUUGUUAAAAAAAAAAAAGCCUGGGAACUCUUCCAUGUUUUUGGGCCUCUCAGACCGGCGGUAGUGAUCAGGUUCCAGAAGUUUGUGGCGUUUCCGAGCUGCUGGAAGUAAGAAUCGCAACAAUUAUUUAUGUAAAUGUGAAAUGAUUUGUCUUAGUAAAUUAUUCCACCUGA